AUGGUCGAUCAUCAUAAUGACGAAGAUGAGCACCACGAAAGAAACGAAGAAGAAGAACCCAUAUUUUCCGAGAAUAGUAUGGAUAUCUCGGACCAAAUAGGGAGAGCAUUAGAGAAAUAUACUCCUAUCCUACUAAAGAGAUUGAAUCAAACGUUGGAAGGAGUAGUGAAUGAUCACCUUGCUCAAAUGAUCAAAGAAGAAGUUGCGGUUAAUGUGCAACAAGAGUUUGAGAAGCGAGAUGGCAAGGAUAAAGGCAAAAAGACUGAGGAGGUGAAAGAUGUGGAGGUAACGGGGGAAAGAAUUUACAAGAAAAAGUUCACUUUUCGAGACUUUGAGGUGUGCCACCCACCGGAGUACCAUGGUGACCGUGAUCCCAUCGUUUUUACGCGAUGGAUAUCGGAAAUUGAAGCGGCUUUUCGUACAAGUCAAUGUCCCUCGCAUUUGAAGGUUAUAUUUGCAGUUGGCAUGCUUAGGAACAGUGGGAAAAGAUGGUGGGAUGGAUUGUUGGCAGUUAAGAAGGAGGCCUUGGAUGAUGUUGAAUGGCCCGAGUUUAAAACCAUGUUCUUGAAGGAAUUUAGAUCAGAAGCUGAAGUGACCAAGUUGAGAAGUGAAUUUCUAAAUGAUUGUCAAGGCAACAUGAGCUUAAAUGAAUUCCGAGCUCAAUUCUUGGACAAAGCACAAUUUUGUCCGGAAUUUCUUGAGAAUGAUCAAUUGCUCAAGGAACAAUUUUACUUGAAGUUAAGAAAGAAUCUCCGGGAGAAGAUUAGUUUACGUCAAAUGGAGUCUUUCCCCAUGUUGGCGGAUGUGGCUCGGGAUCAUGAAAUUGAGUUGUCAAGGUUAGAUGAUAGUGAUUUGAAAAGGAAGCAUGAAGACACGAACUCUCCCAACAAACGGCAUAGACAAGAGGGUAGUUCUGGUAACCAUUCUAAUAGAAGGAAUGUUUUUUUUUGCCGUCAAUGUAAGAAGAAUCAUUCGGGGGUAUGUAGGGCGGCGGAGAAACGUUGCUAUACUUGUGGGAAGUCAGGGCACACAAGCCGGGAAUGCAAGUCAAGGCCCCAAAAGCCUAUCAUAUGUUUCAAAUGCUUCGAGGAGGGCCACAUGAGAAGCUCGUGUCCUAAGUUGACCGAGGAGGAAAGACUGGAAGAAAGAAGGAGGGAGGCGGAGAGGAAGAACGCCCAAGCACAUGGAAACCAACGAGGAAGAUCUUUUGUUGCAACUAGGGUAAUUCAUGUUAUUCCUGUGAAUAAGUCAAGUCUAGAUAAUUCGUUACAAGUUGAGGUUGGUAAUGGUAGAAUGGAGUUAGUGAAUGAUGUGUAUAAGGGGUGUGAAAUCAAAAUUUCUUCGGAACUCUUUCAAGCCGAUUUAAUUCCUUUUCCGAUGGGAGAGUUUGAUAUAAUUUUGGGUAUGGAUUGGUUGAGCUCUUAUAAUGCUAAAAUCACGUGUGAUGAAAAGGCGAUAUAUUUGAAGACCUCCAAGGGUGAAGACUUGGUGGUUAAUGGUGAUAGGAAAGAACGUUGUAUGAAAGUCCCUUUGCCACUAGAUCUAACGAGAUUAAGUAUCUAA